AUGUCUUGGGGUGCUAGAAGCAUAUUCAAGAGUAUUUAUCACUUGCGAGGUGGCCUUAGAAGAACCAUAGCUAAUGGUAAGAGCAUAAAGGUGGAGCAUGACUGGUGGGUGACUGAUAAAAUUAUCAAAUGCAAGGACAGUCAGCUUACUUCCACAGUGCAAAAACCAGUUCUUAUCAGUGAUUUGCUUGACGAGCAGGGCAAAUGGAAGGUGGGUUUAGUAUGGAAAUGGUUUAGCCCCGUUAUAGCAAAGGAUAUCCUUGCUAUUCACCCCGGUAACCAACUGCAAUCUGAUGGUUGGGAUUGGGGUCCUUCGAGUACAGGGCAUUUCUUUAAGAUCGGGAUAUUGGCAAGCACAGGAUUGACGCAGCAUUGGAAGCAGAGAUGGGACUCAGGGACUAAAACUGAUGGACAAAGGGGUCGAAUGGCAGCCACCAGGGAAGCUGAGGGCAGACACCAGAGUUCAUGUGCAAACCAAGCCAAUGACCAACCAGCAAACCAGAGGUACACUAUCAUCAUUGAUGGUGCUUGGAAGAAAGUGGAUAGCAAGCUUAGCAAGGCAUGGAGAGCAGCUGUUGGGUGGGUAAUUAAAGAUAGAGAUUUGCAGUUAACAGAUGAUCAGCUAAAGAAUUUCACUUUAUCUGAAAUAGAAAUUUUUUUGCAAAGUAAUGGUAGCACACUUCGAAAAUAUCCCAUGAUACCUUUUCCAGAUGAUAUGCUCAUGUUAGAAGGAAGAAACAAGUUGAUUCAAGAUGAGUUGCAGUAUGAUAAAUCAUCAUUACAACAAGAACAUGAGGCCCUUUGUUCAAGUCUUACCGAUGAGCAGAAAGAGGUGUACAAUAAAAUCAUGAGUGCGGUUUCAAAAGAUGAGGGAGGUGUUUUCUUCAUAUAUGGCUAUGGUGGCACGGGUAAAACUUUCAUUUGGAGAACUCUAUGCGCUGCUAUAAGAUCCAAAGGAGAAAUUGUGCUCCCUGUUGUUUCAAGUGGAAUUGCAUUACUUCUCCUUCCCCGAGGAAGAACAACUCACUCUAGGUUUAAAAUACCUUUGAAUGUAACGGAAGACUCAACAUGCAAUAUAAAAUUGGGAAGUGAUUUGGCGGAGCUUUUAAAAAAGACAAAGCUUAUCAUUUGGGAUGAAGCUCCUAUGGUAAAUAAAUUAUGUUUUGAAGCACUAGACAAAAGUUUAAGAGAUGUUUUAAGGCCUUCAGAACAACCAUUUGGGGGUAAGGUAGUUGUCUUUGGAGGAGAAUUUCAACAAAUCCUUCCAGUUAUCUCGAAGGGAAAUAUAAGAGAAUUUUCAGAGUGGAUAUUAAAAAUUGGAGAUGGUACGGUAGGAGAGCCAAAUGAUGGUGAAGGUACUAUAGAAAUUCCUGAUGACAAUCUGAUAAAGGAAGCAACAAAUUCGAUCGAAGCAAUUGUCGAUAGUACUUAUCCAUCUAUUCUUCAGAAUUUGUGGGAUCCAAAAUACUUUCUAGAUAGAGCAAUUUUAGCACCAACUCACGAAAAUGUUGAAGCUAUAAAUGAUUAUAUGUUAUCUUUAAUGCUAGGUGAAGAAAUAGAGUACUUGAGUUCUGACAGCAUAUGUCAAGCAGAUACAACCAUGGGAAUUGAAGACUUUUAUCCACCCGAGUUCCUAAACACCAUUAGAUGCUCCGGUUUGCCAAAUCACCGGCUAAUAUUGAAGGUUGGUGUUCCUGUCAUGCUUCUCAGAAAUAUUGAUCAGUCUUCUUGCUUAUGUAAUGGUACCCGAUUGUUGAUAACUCAGCUAGGAAAGUAUGUUGUUGAAGCCAAAAUAAUUUCAAGUAGUAACAUUGGGCAUAAAGUGUUCAUUCCUAGAAUGGUCCUAAGCCCAUCGGAUACUACCACUUUGCCAAUCAAGCUUCAGCGUAGAAAAUUUCCAUUGGUAGUUUGUUUUGCUAUGACAAUAAAUAAAAGCCAAGGUCAAUCACUCUCACAUGUUGGUUUAUAUCUACCAAGACCGGUUUUUAGUCAUGGUCAGCUUUAUGUUGCAAUCUCCAAAGUUACAAACAAGAAAGGUUUGAAGGUUCUAAUAUGUGAUAAGGACGGAAAUAUUGCUAACACUACAAACAAUGUAGUAUACAAAGAAGUAUUUCAAAAUUUGCCAUGA